AUGGGGAUGACGAAGCUUCUUCUGAAGCAUAUUGAUGUGAACAGCAAGGUUUCAGGUAACUACCAUGAGCAUGACUCUCGCAUGGUCACAGCAGCAGCCUGCGGGAUUACAGACCUUCUUCAGUUGGUCCUUGACAAAGACCCCGGCAGUUAUUCAGGCAUCCCCUGGGGCAAGAGACGCUUCAUCUCAGACCAACGAACCUCAUUGUUGCUCAAGUCCGUAAGAAGCGGCCAUAAAGGCGUUGUUGCCCUAUUGAUAUAUUAUGGCACCGAACCAUAUGGCACCGUGAGCCAAAACCCACUCCUCGAAGCCGUCCCAAGAAACCAUGCAGACAUCGUGCAACUGUUCCUAGACAGAGGACGCAAUUUCAAACUCAAGAACCAUGGUCAUUUUUCCUUCUUUGGUCGUCGCAUGUUCUAUAAAGACCUGUGCUCAAUUGGCAUGGUCGCUCUAUUCCAUGUUAUUAAGACUCCGUCGAUUUUCCGCUUAUUACUCGACAGAGGCAUCUAUAUCAGCUCUGAAUCAACAGCUACAAUAGUCCUUAGGACAGAAAACGCACGUUCGGGCAGUAAGGAACUAUCUGGAAUGCUGCGGGAGAAAAGCUACCUGGUUGAAACACCCGAAGAGCACCAUGCCUACACCUCACUCUCUGCAGGGGUUCCAGAAGCGGAUAACCUGCGACUGAUUUCUUCUUUCAACCCAACGGCGCCAUACGUGAUGGACAUACUACUAUGUGCCAUUCACGUGGCGAUUUAG